AUGUCCUAUGACACAGAACUUUCAGAUCUGUCAGAAUCAGACUGGCAGGACAAGACGUCUUACAGCCCCUCCAAAAACUCCCAUGGAGUCCCACAGGGAUCGUCCAGGGGCCCCCUACAGGGACAAGAGUCCUCACCUGCACAAAGCCCUCAGCGGCUACCCAGAGGUCAAGAUUGUCUGGAGGUGGACGAUGAGGAAGAGGGCACGUGGAACCCCAGAGAGGAUGAUCGUGAACAGAGUUUCCAUACUAACCAUUCUCAUGAGCACAAGGACACUUUAAUGCCAAGUAAUGGUGUGGAUUUGACUGACGACAACAACAGGGAAAACGAUGAAGUCUUUCAUGACAGACCUAUAAAGUCAGGUAUCGGGGGUCAGAAGAAGACGUUUGAGGAGUUGUUGGAGGAGCAACUCAGGCUGGAGGAGCAGAAACUGAAGUCUCAGCAGAGCCAUACGGAUGCUGUACAAGCUCCUCCCAAGAAGGCCUUUCUGAGGCGGGGCGAGGGUCUCUCAAGAUUCACCAACACUCGCAAAGCCUCCUUACCGGAAAUGGAGUUAAAGAAGGAUCCUAAAUCACAACUCAAGUCCAGAGUAAUGUCCCGCAGCAACUCGGAGCCUUCAUCCAUCCAGAAAGGGGUCGCGAAUGGAGUCCAGCGGCUUCCUGUUCAGCGUAAAACUGCCACGCUCAACAAGGAAAACCGACCGAGGGGUUUCGGUUCAGAACCUCAGGAUUUAAGAGUUGAGAGCCAGGCAGCACGGAUGAAGGUGUUGGGUAGUCAUCAAAGACAAAACACAGAGGCAAUUCAAGCUAACCCAGAGAGUAGACAAAGUAAACAACAUCAACUCGGGCAAGUAAAGGAUCAGAACAAUAGAAAGGUGGGUCUGUCGCCUCAGGCUGCCAGGAGCAUGCAGCCAAACCCUGUGACCAAACAGGUGGGCGUGUUCAGAGCGCCAGAGCAAGUUGGAAGUGUUGCCGCUAGAGAGGAAAGAUUGGAAUCGGCAGAAAGAGGAGACAGAGUUCCAAAGGAUUCGUUUGAGUUGUCGUUCCAGGAGAAGCUCCACCGCUGGGAUUGUGACCUGCAGAUCGAAAACAUGGAGCUGGGAGAGUUUGAGCUGCUGGAGCAGGCGGCCGAGGAGCUGUCCUUCUCCUCCAACUCCUCCUUUGUCAUGAAGGUCCUUCAGUUGGACCUACAGCAAAGGGGGCUCCACCCUCGACGGCUCUCCUCCACCCCCAUCAAGUCACCACCAAAAGCUGCAGGUCAGGGGAGCGGUGGUGCUGCUAGUGGGAGUGAUGUGGCAUCUAGAAACAGUCCUACGAACUCUAUGAAGUGCAAUGAAGAUGCGCUUACAAACUGCGUUAAGAAUAAGACGGAAGUGAACAAUGUGAGAGGAGAGAAGCCCGAGAUCUCCGAUGUGUCAUCCUGCGACUCUGAAUUUGAAGACCAGGAAGUAGCGGUCAAACCACCUGCGUUUCCCAGCAGCCUUUGCUUUCCCCCACAGUCCAACCUGCCGUAUGACAAGCGUUCGUAUCAGGACGAGGACAGCUGCAGGGACUCGGCCUCAGAUGUGACACAAACUGACGAGGAGGAGAGUGACAGCAUCCUGAGCGACGCAGACGAGUCCACUCUGAUAGAGGACAGGCAGCAGGGGGGGGUUGUGUUUGACGACGACGACACGUGGAACGACCUGGACGACACCGCAGUCGCCCCAGCCAAUGAGAGUAGAGGAGUUAGUCCGGUUUCCAAGGCAAUAGCCAAUGGGAUCCCGCCCCCCACGCAGACUCUCUCGAGGAAGGUGGCAGCGAGUAAAGUGGUGGAGCUGGAAAUAGAAACCGAGCUUCCUCCUGCCUCUCAGCUCAUGACCAGGUUGUUCCCCGCGCUGAAGCCAAAGACCCAGAAUGCACCUCUCCCUGUUCCUUCUGUUGCAUCAGAGUACAAAAGGCCAGAGGAGGAGACAGUCCCGCAGGUCCAGUCCCGACAGCUGAGAGAGAGACUGGUGGAGCUGGAGAUUGAGAUAGAGAGAUUUAAGAAGGAGAACGCUGCCCUCGCCAAACUCAGACAGGAGAACGAGAAAAACCAGGAGGACCUCAGGAAAGAGCGUGUGGAGUUUGAGCAGCUGAAGGCAGAGGAGCUGGCUAAGUUAGAGGAGUAUAAGAAGGAGGAGAACAGGAAGCUGCAGAAGGAUCGUAAACUGUUUGAGAAGCAUGCGUCAGCCGCCAGAGCCAUACCAGACAAGAAGGAAAGAGAGGAAAUCCAGCCUAAUCUGUGUUUGUGCGAGUGUGUGGAUCAGUUCUCCCAUGAGACACAGACAUAA